UUGUGUGUUUGGUUGUUCUUCUCCUUUUCUUCUUCGUCUUCAUCUUCUCCUUCUCCUUCUUCUGCUGCUUCGCUAUUCAUCUCUGUCUCUUGGAUCGAAAAACUAAAGCGAAUGGACAAAGGCAAAGCAGUGAUGGUUACUGGCCGGAGAUGGGCCGUCGUAUCCAAGGAGCUUAAUGCCCGCCACAGAAAGGUCUCUCUCGAUCGAAAUCUCAGAUUGUUUUUGUUUUUUCUCCGAGCUAUGCUGAUUUGUAAUCAUAUAUUGUGAUCGAUGAUUAACCAUUGGAUCCUGGACGAUCUUAAUUCGCUUGGAUCUUUGAUUUUUAGUAGCUAGACUUAUUCCCUUUUUAUUCGAUUAAUCAAAGUUAGGCGAGGUCUUACGAUCGUUUUUUUAUUUGGGUAAUGAAUUGUCCUUCCAGAAGUACCUUAAAUUACAGAUUCUGUAGCUUACGACCUCCGUCAUAUGGAGAAUAUGCCUGCGUUGGUGGAGGCUUCCGUUUGCAUUACUACUGGAGUGACCCAAAAGUUUCUAAAGGCUCUUACUUCUGUCCACUGCCUUUCGCUAUAUUUAUCAUUUUCAGAGGUUGUGCAUCCUUCUGGUAUGAUCUUCAAUCAGCUUGUUCAUCUGGACUUGUACACUUUCACCGAAGGCUGGUGGGAUCUUCUUACUUGUAUGCUCCAAGAUUCCCCUAAACUGCGACUUCUCAAACUCAGCAAUCUACAUUCUCUCCAGAUUCUACUGAUUUGGGAGAGAAGUAUCAGAUGCUCAAGGUGUUGGCAUCUGUAGCUACAACGUCCGCUUCGUCUCAGCUUCUAUUCGACUGAACAAUGAUAAAAAUGUCGUUUUAGCUUUUUAGUUAAAGUCACAUGUCUUGUAUUUGAAGCUCUUAGUUUUUGGUUAAAUUUCGGCUAGUGUGACUGAAGAUAAACCUAUGUUGCUCUGUUCGCUGGCAACCUUCAACUUCGUGUCGGUUUUAUGUUUUUGACUUGUUGCUUUACUCUGGUUAAAGUUCAACGAGUCAGUUAACUAAUCAUCUUCUCCCCCUUA